AUGGAGCCAGAUGGAGGGAGUUUGCCAUUUACAAACUCCAACACCGGGGUCUGCCACUUGGCAGACAGACCACUUGGCACGGGGGAAAAACCAACACCCACUCUGUCCGGGACGAGGUGGGGCUGGAUGCCCUCAGUACCUGCCCAGGGCUGGCCCGCCGGCCACAGGGACCUGCGGAGGUGGCGGUUAGGAAAUCCCUCCAGGAUUUCUGGAGUGCACUUCCAUCCUCUCCGUCCGCGGAGACGGGGAGACCCGCGGGGGCCUGAGCUGCGGGCCCGGCUGACCGCGGUGCGUUCCCCAAGGCGCCCCGCCCCGCAGCUCUCCGGGACCCAGACCCGGAGCCCCGCAGCUCCGACUGCUGCAGGGGGUGGGGGUGGGGCAACGCUGCAAGCCCCGCCCCCGUGCGGGCCCCGGGACCUCGCCUGCCUGCGGUCCGCUCCCCCUCGGGACUGCGCGCCUAUGACCCCCUCCCUCCCCCGCCUACGUGUCCACCUGCGGGGUCCAGGGCCCGAGCCCGCGCGCGCCAUGGAAGCCGCUAACCUCUCGGCGGCCACCACAGUUCCCCUGGAACCUGAGCCCCACGGCGGGGGCCCGGACGGGGUGGCGGGGUCGUCCCACGGCGGUGCCGUCCCGCCUGGCCGCGCACCCGCGUUCUCGGUCUUCACCGUGCUGGUGGUGACGCUGCUGGCGCUGCUGAUCGCCGCCACGUUCCUGUGGAACCUGCUGGUCCUGGUCACCAUCCUGCGCGUCCGCACCUUCCAUCGCGUGCCGCACAACCUGGUGGCCUCGACGGCCAUCUCGGACGUGCUGGUGGCAGCCGUGGUGAUGCCGCUGAGUCUGGUGAGCGAGCUGUCGGCGGGGAGGCGGUGGCAUCUGGGCCGAAGCCUGUGCCACGUGUGGACCUCCUUCGAUGUGCUGUGCUGCACCGCCAGCAUCUGGAACGUGGCGGCCAUCGCGCUGGACCGCUACUGGACCAUCACGCGCCACCUGCAGUACUCGCUGCGCACCCGGCGCCGCGCUUCGGCGCUCAUGAUCGCGCUCACCUGGGCGCUGGCGGCGCUCAUCGCGCUCGCGCCGCUGCUCUUCGGCUGGGGCGAGGCGUACGACGCCCGGCUCCAGCGGUGCCAGGUGAGCCAGGAGCCCUCCUACGCUGUCUUCUCCACCUGCGGCGCCUUCUACCUGCCGCUAGGCGUGGUGUUGUUUGUCUACUGGAAGAUCUACAAGGCGGCCAAAUUCCGCUUCGGUCGCCGCCGCCGCCGGGUGCUGCCGUGGCCCGCCGCCGCCGCCGCCGGGCAGGAGGAACCUGAGCCUGAGAAGGUGUUCACAGCACGUUGCCGAGCAAGUGUGACAUUCCAGACAAGUGGAGAGUCAUGGAGAGAGCAGAAAGAGAAGCGAGCAGCCAUGAUGGUGGGGAUUCUGAUUGGGGUGUUUGUGCUGUGCUGGAUCCCCUUCUUCCUCACAGAGCUCAUCAGCCCUCUCUGCGCCUGCAGUGUCCCCCCAAUCUGGAAAAGCAUCUUUUUAUGGCUUGGGUACUCCAAUUCUUUCUUCAACCCCCUGAUUUACACAGCAUUUAAUAAGAACUACAACAAUGCCUUCAAGAGUCUCUUUACCAAGCAGAGAUAA